CAGAAGAGAGUCGUGCAGGUGAUCAGGUUGAAAAUGGCUGUUGUGGAGGCACUUCUGCAGCUUCCCAGCACCAGUACAUUACUGGGUGCUUUGCUGUUAAUACUGGUUGUAUAUCUGCUGUCUUCUGGUCCUAAAUCUCAGAAAGAAGGAAAAGAACCACCGGGACCCAAACCACUUCCACUGCUGGGGAACCUGCUGACCCUUGACCUUGAAAGACCCUUUGACACUCUCUGUGAGCUGUCCAAAACCUAUGGAAACGUGUUCCAAGUGUUUUUCGGUCCCAAUAAAGUUGUGGUCUUGGCUGGAUACAAAACGGUUAAAGAGGCGCUUGUGAACCGAGCUGAAGAGUUUGGAGACCGAGAAAUUGCUCCCGCUUUUAAAUUACUGGGUGAAGGACAUGGGAUCAUUUUUGCCAAUGGAGAGAGCUGGAAAGAGAUGAGACGCUUCGCCCUCACUAACCUGCGUGACUUUGGGAUGGGCAAGAGAGGAAGUGAAGAGAAAAUCAUAGAGGAAAUUCAAUAUCUGAAAGAAGAGUUCAUGAAGUUUGAAGGGAAAGCCUUCGAUACAACUCGACCUGUGAACUACGCCGUGUCAAACAUCAUCUCGGCGAUUGUGUACGGCAACAGAUUUGAAUACACUGAUCCUCACUUCAAAGAAAUGGUCAACAGGGCAAACGAGAACGUUCGGGUUGGUGGAUCAGGCUCUAUGCGGCUUUUUAACAUCUUUCCAUGGUUGGGCCCGUUCCUGACCAGCAAAAGGAUUGUCCUGAGAAAUGCUCUAAAAAACAGAGUGGAAAUGAAAAGAUUGAUCUCGGAUCUGCUGGAGACUCUGAAUCCCCAAGACAGCAGAGGAUUUAUCGACUCCUUCCUCAUCCGAAAACAAAGCGAUGAGAAAUCCGGCAAGAAGGACUCAUAUUUCCACGAGGAGAAUCUGCUUACAAGUGUGAUAAAUCUGUUUGUUGCUGGCACUGACACCACAGGAACAACAUUGCGAUGGGGUUUGAUGAUUAUGGCCAAAUAUCCUCAUAUCCAAGAUCGAGUUCAGGAGGAGAUUGACAGAGUGAUCGGUGGACGUCAGCCGAUGGUGGACGACAGAAAGAAUCUGCCGUACACAGACGCUGUGAUCCAUGAAACCCAGAGACUGGCCAACAUAGUUCCCAUGAGUCUCCCUCAUACAACAAGCCGUGAUGUUGAAUUUAAUGGAUAUUUCAUUAAGAAGGGUACCACUGUGUUUCCUCUGUUGACGUCUGUAUUAAAGGAUGAAAGUGUUUGGGAGAAACCGCACAGCUUUUACCCAGAACACUUCCUUGAUGAAAAGGGACAGUUUGUCAAAAGAGAUGCUUUCAUGCCCUUUUCUGCAGGACGCCGGAUAUGUGUAGGAGAGAGUUUGGCCAGGAUGGAGCUCUUUCUCUUCUUCGCGUCUCUUGUUCAGAACUUUCGCUUCACUCCUCCUCCUGGAGUGUCUGGAGAUGAUCUGCAACUUAAAGGAAUCGUUGGAAUCACAUUGAAUCCGUCCCCACACAAGCUGUGUGCCAUCAAACGUUCCUGAUCUAAAACAAUGUUGUCAGUAUACACAGGCAAACAUACAACAUUCAAUGUGGUACAAAUCACAGACAGGAUCAUUUAACAGUAAUUUCACAAACUCGCAGAAAAUGUAAAUAUGUAAAAACAGCAAGAAAUUAUGAUACGACUAAAAAAAUUAAGUUUCAGUUUGCAUUAUGUAAUUUUAAAGAUGUGAAAUCAUUAAACAGAUUUUUUCUAGCA